CAGGUGAACUCGUCCCAAGCUGCCUCCGCCCCUCAAGAAGUACAAGAAGACGACUGGCUCGGCGUUAAAGCAGUCUCCUGGUUUGUGUCAUGCCGCAGUUUCAAAGUUGUCUGGCGCCGCAGCAGGCACGUGAAGUCGCCACGAAAGCAGCACCCGCGGCGUCUGGAACCAUCUGCUAGGAGUGGACUCAUUCUGACAAAGUAGCCUAGCUAAAGCUAACGCUAGCUGUGUUUGCGUCGAACCGCGGUGAACAAAAGUCAUCUGUGAACUAACUUGUGUUUACGUUCCACGUGGCUGCCGAUGCCCGAAGUCGUGCUGUUUUAUUUUUGGGAAGAAGUUGGAAGGCUCGGUGCUUGUACGCCCCGACGACGACGACGAGCCGCUGCGCUUUGAAUUUCCCUCCUUGUGGACGAAGGACAGGCGGCUUCGCGCGGAGUUGGCUCGGGACCAGAUCAUUAGCAACUCUCUGCUAAUUGUGGCUAGUUAGCAGGGCCACCAGCCCAGGCCCGUGGACAUCAUCAUCAUCAUCAUUAUUAUUCAUAUUGUUAUUAUCAUCGUUAUCAUUAGUUGCUCUGCCUUUAUUGUCUUGCUUGGUCGUCAGUUCACACAUUUGCUUUGAGUGCGAGUCUUUCUUUUUUUUUUUUUUUGCGUCAGAAAAGUGUCCUCCAUGCGGAAACUACUUUGACUCCAAGUUCAAGGAAAACAAUUCACUUUACAAGUAUGGAUUCACACACGGGAUACGCCGCCUCGGCUCCCGGGCCCAAGAAAGACAAGAAAUCAAAGAAGGGCUACGAGGAUGGAGAGGGCAAGAAGAAAUUUACACUGAAACGUCUGAUUCCAGAUGAGUUGGAACGUUUCACCAGCAUGAGGAUAAAGAAGGACAAGGAGAAGCUGAGCCAUGUCCCAGGUCAGCGUCAUUCUGCAGCUGCCAGCUAUGAGAUCAACGCUGCCAGUGCCAUCCUGCACGACCACACAGAUGAAUACGUCCUGGAACUUUUUGAACAGAUGCUGGUGGAUAUGAACCUGAAUGAGGAGAAGCAGCAGCCUCUCAGGGAAAAAGACAUCAGAAUCAAACGUGAAAUGGUCUCCCAGUACCUCCACACGUCCAAAGCGGGCCAAGACCAGAAAGAGAGCUCUAAGUCAGCCAUGAUUUAUAUACAGGAGUUAAGGUCAGACUACCGGGACUCUCAGCUGCUGAGUUGUCUGGAAUCUUUACGGGUCUCGCUCAAUAACAACCCUGUCAGUUGGGUGCAGAAUUUUGGAGACGAAGGCCUGGCCCUGCUGUUAAAUCUGCUCAGAAGACUGCAAGAGGAGAAAGACGAGUACCCAAUGAUGGGAGUUAAAUGUCAACAUGAGAUCCUACGCUGUCUCAAAGCCUUCAUGAAUAACAAGUACGGUUUGAAAUCCAUGCUGGAGUCAGACGAGGGAAUUCCUCUCCUGGUCAGAGCCAUCAACCCGAGGGUGCCUCAUAUGAUGGUGGAUGCUGUCAAGCUGCUUUCUGCCAUCUCCAUAUUGGAACACCCGGAGAAUCUUCAUGAGCGUGUUCUAGAGGCCAUCACAGAGGACGCAGAGAAACGGGACAUUGAGAGGUUCCAGCCUCUUCUGGCUGGCAUGAACAGUCACAACAUUGCCCUGAAGGGUGGAUGCAUGCAGCUAAUCAAUGCGUUGAUCAGUCGGGGAGAGGAGUUGGACUUCAGAAUCCAUAUUCGCUCUGAACUUCUAAGAUUAGGACUCCGAGACUGCCUUAAGGAGGUGCGGACAAUAGAAAAUGAGGAGCUGAGGGUGCAACUCACCGUCUUUGAUGAGCAGGCUGAAGACGACUCGGAGGACCUUAAAGCACGCCUCGAUGACAUCCGAAUUGAGAUGGAUGAUGUGAGAGAAGUGUUUGACAUUUUAGUCAACACGGUGAAGGACUCCAAAGCUGAAAGCAACUUCCUGUCACUGAUGCAGCACCUCCUGCUGAUCCGCAAUGAUUAUCUGGCCAGGCCUCAGUACUACAAGUUAAUAGAUGAGUGUAUUGCUCAGAUCGUGCUUCAUAAGAAUGGAGCAGACCCUGACUUUAAGUGCCGCAACAUCAGUCUCAACAUUGAAAGCCUAAUAGACAACAUGGUCGACCAAACCAAGGUGGAAACCAGUGAGGCCAAGGCUAUUGAGCUUGAGAAGAAGCUGGAUGCAGAGUUGACCGCACGCCACGAGUUGCAGGUGGAGAUAAAGAAACUCGAGGGGGACUACGAACAGAAACUGCAAGAGCUAAGCCAAGAAAAGGAGCAACUGGCCUCCUCCAAGCAUGAGCGAGAAAAGGAGAAUCGGGGUAUGCGGCAGCAGCUAAGCACUCUGCAGCAGCAGAUUGAAACGCUAACCAAAGAUCUGGAAGAGGCUAAGACUAAAGUUGUCACAGUCACUGUGCCAUCACCUGGUGUGCCCCCUCCACCGCCUGCCCCUCCUGUCCCUGGCCAGAAUGGGGGCAUGCCCAUACCACCGCCACCUCCUCUGCCAGGCCAUGCCACCAUACCACCACCACCUCUAGCGGGACAGAUUGGCACGCCUCCUCCUCCGCCUCCCUUGCCGGGGAUGCCAGGCCCUCCGCCACCCCCACCCUUGCCGGGAAUGCCAGGCCCUCCGCCCCCCCCACCCUUACCGGGGAUGCCAGGCCCUCCGCCACCCCCACCCUUACCGGGGAUGCCAGGCCCUCCGCCACCCCCACCCUUACCGGGCAUGCCAGGCCCUCCUCCGCCUCCGCCCCUGCCCGGCAUGCCAGGACUGCCACCUCCUCCACCCUUGCCCGGGAUGGGCCCUCCCCCACCACCAGGUGGUCCAGGUAUGCCUCCACCUCCACCAUUUGGCAUGGGAGGCUGGGGAGCCCCUGCGCCAGUUCAACUGCCGUACGGCCUCCAGCCCAAGAAGGACUACAAGCCUGAAGUCCAAUUGAAGAGAGCCAACUGGAGCAAGAUUGGACCUGAAGACCUUUCUGAGAAUAGCUUUUGGACCUCUGCCAAAGAGGAGAAAUAUGAAAACAAUGAGCUAUUUGCCAAACUCACCUUGACCUUCUCCUCGCAGACUAAGACCAAAAAGGAGCUGGAAGGUGCAGAAGAAAAGCAGUUGCAAAAGAAGAAAGCCAAGGAGUUGAAGGUUCUUGAUUCAAAGUCAUCACAAAACCUGUCCAUUUUUCUUGGAUCGUUUCGUCUUCCAUAUGAAGAGAUCAAGAACUGCAUCCUGGAAGUUAAUGAGAAGGUCCUCACAGAGUCCCUGGUUCAGAACCUGAUCAAACAACUGCCCGCACCAGAGCAGCUGAGCGUCUUGGGAGAGAUGAAAGAUGAAUAUGACGACUUAGCUGAGGCUGAACAGUUCGGAGUGGUGAUGUCUAGUGUGAAGCGGUUGGUGCCACGGCUUCAGGCCAUCCUGUUCAAGCUACAGUUUGAGGAACAGUUGAACAACAUUAAACCGGACGUGGUGUCUGUGACGGCAGCCUGCGAGGAGCUCAGGAAAAGCACCUCCUUCUCCAAGCUGCUGCAGAUCAUCCUUCUUGUUGGCAAUUAUAUGAACGCAGGCUCCCGCAAUGGAAAGGCCUUUGGCUUUUCCAUAUCAUACUUAUGCAAGCUACGUGACACCAAAUCGGCUGACCUGAAGCAGACGCUGCUCCACUUUCUGGCUGACGUGUGCAUGGAGCAGUUCCCGGAAGUCAUGAGCUUUGCGGACGAGCUCAUCCAUGUGGAGAAGGCCAGCAGAGUUUCUGCAGAGACACUUCAGAAGAAUGUGGAACUGAUGGGUCGUCAGAUCAAGAGCCUGGAGAAAGACCUAGAAACCUUCCCUCCUGCACAAAAUGACAAGGAUCUGUUUGUGGAGAAGAUGUCAAGUUUCGUGAGCAGUGCCCGUGAACAGUGCGAGAAGCUGGACCUGAUGCAUAAAAAUAUGGAGAAGCAGUAUACUGACCUGGGAGACUAUUUUGUCUUUGACCCGAGAAAACUUUCAGUGGAGGAGUUCUUUGGAGACCUCAACACCUUCAAGAACAUGUUCCAGCAAGCAGUAAAGGAUAAUCAGAAGAGAAAAGAGGCAGAGGAAAAGAUCAAAAGGGCCAAAUUGGCGAGGGAGAAGGCCGAGAGGGAAAAGGAGGAGAAACUCAAAAGGAAUCAGGUGUUGGACAUCAACACAGAGGGUGAUGAAACUGGCAUCAUGGAUGGCCUCUUAGAGGCGCUGCAGUCCGGCGCUGCUUUCAGAAGAAAGAGAGGACCGCGACAAGCAGCCAACCACAGAAGAGCCGGUCAUGCGGUGACCAACAUCCUGGCCAAGGAACUGAUGCAGGAAGACGUGCUCGCCAGGAAAGGGAAGGAUGAGCACAAGGUCGAAGCGGGAGAUGCCUUAGAGGAGCUGCUGGAAGCUGCGCCUUCUCGCUCCAGUUAGACUUUUUGUUUUGUUGUCCACGUUUUUUGCUUGGCUUUGCGUGUAAGUGUCACGUGUACCCACACAGGUUUGCUUCUCAUUGCUGCGGCCAAUGUUGACGUAAACUUGACGUUCACUUGCAUCGUCACACACUUCUUGUGGUCUUCUGGGACAACGGGUGCCGUCCCCUGUUCAGACGUUGGAUUUUUGCCACUUUAGUGAAAAUGUAACAGUUUUUGAUAGCAUACGCAACUGUUCCUCACUUGUCCGUGCGCUUUGUCAGUUUUUUCGCCGUAGCUCUUAACCACUUGAUUCACCAAAAGGGCAACCCGAAGGAGGGAUUCACUGGUAUUCCCCAAAUUUUCUUUCGGAACGUAAGGCACAUAGAGCUGCUUCAAACGGUUCGUUUUGGAGGCACAAAUUGUCCACAUUUAUUUUAUUUUUAUUCUUAAAAUGAUUUUUGCUCGGUUGUUGUUUGAUACAUUGUAAAUUGCUGUUUAUAAAUGCUGACGUUUCGGCUGUGUCACUGGAAAAAGUGUCAAUGAGUAGGAGUCCAGUUUUGUCAUUUCACGCACAGUCACAGGUUGCUCCCACAUGGUGCCAGUUAUUUUUUUUAUCUGUCUUAAUUUGUAUAAGGGAUGACACACUUAAAUGAAGAAAAGCAGCACAGUCAAAUGACAUGGACAUUCCUUUCAAUUUGCCCGCGGUGUCAUGAGAGAAAAUUCUUGCACAGAGUGAGCGGCUCGCCUGGGCCACAUUUGUUUGGAAACAAAAAGCACUUUACAUGCCUGUGUGCUUUUAAUGGGAGUCAUCUAUUUUUAGUUCCUACUUAUGUGUGUGUCUGUGUGCUUGUGUUUUCUGUAAUUAUGCUGCCCAGCGCUCGGUCAUCAAUCUUCAGCUUUAUAAGCAACUCUGUGGUAUCUGCGGCGAUCGCACGCUGGAAAAAGUGGCCAAAAUGCUUGCGUGGGCGGGUUUUGAAAACAAGCGGCUGUCAUAUGUGUGAGCUUUGAUGUACUUUGUGGAUGCCCCACACACACACACACACACACACACACACUUUUCCCACUGAGGUAAAGCCUGCAAAUGCAACACAAUCCAUCAGCAAAGAUGCAAUAUCUCUUCCGUUCCUAUGCAAACACAUCAUGUCUUGUGUCCUUUUGCAACUUCAACUAGUUGGUGUGACCGAUGUCAAGUUUCUGCUUCGAGAUGUCGCUCGUCCUCGAGUCGCAGCGUGUUUUGUAAGAGCGGUGCGGAAAUUGAUGUCAAUCAGGUGAUUGACACCUUUGACUGUUGUGAUCACCUGCUGGCGCCGCUCUUAUUUGCACACACAGGACAAGCACAAAAACCUGCUGUAAUUGUUGUUCAUGUUACAUCUUUGUGUGACUGGAAUGUGGAGAAAGCGUCACUGGAAUGUACCUUUUUGUUUUUCUAAUUUGAGUCUUUUUUUUUUUUUUUUUUUUUUCUUUUUAAGAGAAUUUCUAUGUUGAUUUUUACAGUCGAUUAUUUUUUUUUUAAUCUUACUGAAUGCAUAUUCUUGGCUUUUCCUUUUUUCCAGAGAUUGCUCUUUUGUAACAAUGCACAUAAGAUUUGUUUGCUGCGCAGAACAAUUAAAAUGUCUUUAAUUCAAGUUUGUGUUUUGUUUUUAGUCAUUCUUGGGUUAUGUGAACAUGUUCAAUUGUGGUCAAAAUGUUAUCGAAAAGUUAAAUAUCUGAAGGAUUGUGUAUAUGUGUAACUUACGAAUUGUAACUUCCAGUUAACGAUCUGUAUUUUUAGUGGGGCACGCUGAUGUAUUCCUCCAGCUCCGCCUUAGCCUCCUCUGUAAACGCAUUUCUGAGUGAAAAUGGCAGAAAGUUUAAGAAACAAAAACAAAAAAAAACAACCUGCCUUGG